GGUGGAGGUCAUUUUUGCAGACCGAAAGUGACAACAUGUCCACUCCACUUGACAAGAAACAAGUUCCUUUUGAUGAUAGUAGCGGCAAGAGGGAUCAUCUACCAGCAUUGCAUCCCAAAUGGCUUGAGAAGAUGGUGUUUGUUGCUUACACUCUGCCCCCAACCGACAUAACAGACAGGGGUCAGUAUGAACAAUGGCUGGAGAGAUUAAAGUUCAUAGCUGAGGAUCUUCACUGGCUGCUUCAGCUUCCACACGACAAGUUCUGGUGUCAGGCUGUGUUUAAUGAGAGUUUGCUGACAUUGUUGGACACAUAUCUCCGUUUCUCUCCAAGGUCGUAUGAUGUAAUCUACGAUCUUCCAAACGAUGGGAGGGAGCGCCACCUAGAAGUACAUCGUCUAGUCUUCAUGACCUGUGUUAGAAUGGCCACUCACAAGGAAUCAAAGGAUGACCAUAUCACUCCAAAUGUGUUUGGUGAUAUCCUGUACGAGAACUUCAUCUUCGAUGUGCCAAAGCUGCUUGACUUGUGUGUUCUGUACGGCAAUGGGAAUGGAGCUCUUCUGACAAAAAUGAUCACAAAUAUCUUCACACAGCAGCCGAAGUAUGCUGAUGACUUGAGGGCAACCAUCCCCACUAUCAUACAGGUGCUGGAGAACACUCAGGACAUGUGCGGUGUCACAUCCUCCUUUGCACCCGAAAAAUUGGCAAAGGCCCGCAGUAAGGAUCCACGCCUCUUCACCAUGACGAUUAAGGAGUUCCAAGAUGUGAUAUUCUACCUGGCGGACACGGCCAUCACGAUAUCCAACUUCCUUGACGUGUAUCCUCCAGCUGCUCACAUCUUCCAUGAGUUCAAGUUUGAACAGAGAUUAGCAUCUUUUUAUGAAGGGAUUGUUCCCGAGAUACAAGCUGCUCUGAAAGUGCGAGAAUUUGAGACGAUGAGCCACAAGAGGUUGCUGAAGCAGAAACUGCAUCAGUCCAGGAAGUCGUUACAGAAGAUAUUCCACACCAUCCUAGGGCACACCUGUAUCGAGCCAGUGCUGGAGAAGGGGGGAGAAGAGGUGGCAGAAAACAUAGAAGACUUCCUUCACACCAUGUCUGCUGUGUUGGGAGAACGCAGGUUCCUGGCUGACUACGAGAGCAGGUACAGCUUCCAGGAAUAUGCUGAUAUUAUGUGUCAGACAUCUUGUGACAUUGAUGAAACCCAGGUGCAAUACAUCCACGAUGCUAUCAACAGCGCAUUCGCUACGUUUGGCAAGAGGAAGAAACCAAAGGGAGCCAUGUCUGCCGGCGGAAGGACCAGUCCUGACGGCUCCCCAGGGCCACUAGAGGAGGGAGCAAUGGGCGGGGCAGGUGCUUUAGGGGGCGGAGCUGGUGCAAUGGGGGGGGGCUGUGCAAUGGGGGGCGGGGCUGGUGCACUAGGGGCCGGAGCUAUGGGUGAGGCUGAUGGAGAGUCAAUGGAUGACUACUCUGGCCAGGGCUAUCGUGGAGAUGUCUAUCAGACAGAGGAUUAUGAUGUUCAGGGAGCAUGUGCACCGCGUCCAUCCAUCAUUGAGAUAGACUCGCUUAUCUCAUCUGUGAAGGAUCUGCUGCCGGAACUUGGAGAGGGCUUUAUUGAGGUCUUGUUGGAGGAGUUCGGCUACAACCUGGAACAGGCCAUCAAUGCUGUGCUGACAGAUAAACUCCCACCCUCCCUCCUUGAUAUGGACAAGUUCAUGGAAAGAGAAACCUUUGAGGAUGUAUCAUCGAGUCUGGUGGACCAGAGAGCCAAUGUUUUUGACAAUGACCAGUUUGACAUCUUCCGCAAAGAAAAUGUGGACAUGAACAGGAUACACCAAGGAAAGAGAGCUGAUGAUACCUCCCUUGAUGACAAGUCAACUGUGAAACAGCUGAAGGCAACGUACGAUGCCUACGGGUCACGUGACCAGGCCAGCAUGUAUGACAACCUGCCAGACUAUGAGUAUGAUGACGAGUAUGAUGACACGUAUGACACCAACAACAUUGGUGCCCAGGAUGAAGACUCUGCUGAAGAGCUCACUGCCAGAAGGCCAUUUGUUGUUCCACGGGCACUGCAGACAGCCCGAGGACCUAAACGGGAAGAGGUUGAAUCUGAGGAGUCCGAUGAUGAGAAACCAGCCCGGGAUGAGUUUGUUCAAGACCCAGCCAAAAUUCACGAGAUUGCAGAACAGAAACGAAGUGGCACUCAUCGAGGCAGUGGCAUCCGACAGCAGCACGAUGUGGUUGGCAAACAGAAGGGUCAUGGUCAAGAGAAAGAUGUGAUAAAAAACCGAAAGUUCAAGGAAAAGAAUAAGGCAGCCCGCGGGAAUCACAACAGACGAGCCGGGGCUGACAGGAAGAGAGGAAGGGGAAUGAUGGCCAUUUGAGGUGCAUGAUGGGAA